UAUCGCUCCAUCUAAAACCGACACUUAUAUGUGAUACUAAAAAAGUGAAAAGCAUAUGCUUUGUUUUUCCCCAAUCUACCCUCUCUCCCACUCAUCGUCUCUCUCUCAUGGAGAACCAGAAGCGCCAUGAACAGCAAACUACCUCCAUGAGAAAGAACUUGAAGCGAAAAUUGGAACAAGACUUCGAGGAAGAUCGCCAGAUCGUCUCUCUCUCACCUCUUGACGCUCAUCAACAUCUUGUUCGCGAGAUUACUACGCAGCUGAACGUCCUCGACUCCAUUUUCUCGUGGAUCGAAGCAGAUCGAGCCUCCUCCAAGCGCGCAAUUCAUGUCCUCUCUGAACUCGCCAAGAACGAGGAAAUUGUAAAUUUGAUUGUUGAUUGCGGAGCAGUUCCGGCUCUGGUGAGGCAUCUUCAAGAACCGCCACCGUCGAGGGAAGGCGACAGUGGUUCGAAGCCGUAUGAGCAUGAGGUCGAGAAAGGAAGCGCUUUCACGCUUGGACUCCUCGCCGUAAAACCGGAGCAUCAGCAACUCAUAGUGGAUGCUGGAGCUUUGCCUCAUCUUGUGAAUCUGUUAAAAAGGCACAAGGAUGGUCAAAACUCCCGAGCAGUCAAUGGUGUUAUCAGGAGAGCAGCUGAUGCGAUCACUAACCUUGCUCACGAGAACAGCAGCAUUAAAACCCGUGUUAGGAUUGAAGGUGGCAUCCCACCCCUUGUUGAAUUGCUUGAGUUCGUUGAUAUGAAGGUGCAGCGAGCAGCUGCAGGGGCCUUGCGAACUCUUGCCUUUAAAAAUGAUGAAAACAAAAAUCAGAUUGUGGAAUGCAACGCUCUGCCUACUCUUGUUCUAAUGCUUCGAUCUGAGAAUACUGCCAUACAUUAUGAAGCGGUUGGUGUGAUUGGUAAUCUUGUCCACUCAUCCCCAAACAUUAAGAAAGAAGUUCUUCUCGCUGGAGCGUUACAGCCUGUUAUUGGAUUACUCAGUUCCUGUUGUUCAGAGAGCCAAAGGGAAGCAGCUUUAUUACUUGGGCAAUUUGCUGCAACUGAUUCAGAUUGCAAGGUGCACAUUGUUCAAAGAGGUGCUGUCCCACCAUUACUUGAGAUGCUUCAAUCUCCAGAUACACAGCUAAAGGAAAUGUCAGCUUUUGCACUAGGGAGGUUGGCACAGGAUACACAUAACCAAGCUGGAAUUGCCCAUGGUGGUGGUAUUGUUCCAUUAUUGAAACUUCUCGAUUCAAAAAAUGGAUCUCUGCAACAUAAUGCUGCAUUUACUCUUUAUGGCCUUGCAGAUAAUGAGGACAAUGUUGCAGAUCUUAUCAGUAUUGGGGGUGUUCAGAAACUUCAAGAUGGAGAAUUCAUUGUCCAACCAACUAGGGAUUGUGUAGCCAAAACAUUAAAAAGAUUAGAGGAAAAGAUCCGUGGACGAGUGUUGAGCCAUUUGUUGUACUUAAUGCGAGCAGCAGAGAAGAGUAUUCAAAUAAGAGUUGCUUUGGCUCUUGCUCAUCUUUGUUCACCCGAUGAUCAAAAAACAAUUUUUAUUGAUAGCAAUGGACUAGAGUUGCUUUUGGAGCUUCUUGAAUCAACAAACCUAAAGCAGCAACGAGAUGGUUCAGCAGCUUUGUACAAGUUGGCUAAUAAGGCCACUUUACUGUCUCCCGUGGAUGCAGCUCCUCCGUCACCAACUCCACAGGUAUAUUUGGGUGAACAAUAUGUAAACAAUCCCACUCUAUCUGAUGUUACAUUUUUAAUUGAAGGUAAACGGUUCUACGCCCACAGAAUUUGUCUGCUUGCUUCUUCUGAUGCAUUUCGGGCAAUGUUUGAUGGUGGUUACAGGGAGAAGGAUGCCAAAGAUAUAGAGAUUCCUAAUAUUAGAUGGAAUGUUUUUGAGUUGAUGAUGAGAUACAUAUACACUGGUUCAGUCGAUGUCAAUUUGGAUAUUGCGCAGGAGCUUCUCAGAGCCGCCGAUCAGUAUCUCUUGGAGGGGCUCAAGCGGCUCUGCGAGUAUGCCAUUGCACAGGAUAUUUCAGCGGAAAACAUUUCACUCAUGUACGAGUUAUCAGAGGCUUUCAAUGCUUUGUCAUUAAGACAUGCGUGCAUCCUGUUUAUUUUGGAGAAGUUUGACAAAUUGAGUGCCAUGCCAUGGUACCCUUUUCUGAUUCAGCGAACUUUGCCGGAGAUACGUAAUUACUUUGGAAGACUGCUUACUAGGCCCGUACAAGUUGACUUGCGGCUUUAGACUGUUGGAUCUUAGUUUUGUCGUGGAUUAGUCUCGGUUUCACCAUUGAUUGGUAUGACACAGUUUUACUGAAUGUACAGAUAGUUGUAGUCCCGUCGUGGUUGGGCAAAUGGAUUGAUCUGGAAGCUUUUUUUGUAAUUCCUCACUUGAUGCAAAUUCCAGAUUUUUGUGGCAGUUAUUUUUGAAUUGGUGGCAUCUUCGAACGGUCUUUUUGAUGGCAUCAUUGUGAAUAUUCCGAGUUGUAUAAUUUCAGUUGUCGUGCUAAACAUUCCAUUCAUUCAAAAUGGUUCUAUUUCAAGUGAUGGAUUGAUUCA